AUGGGUGCCCUCAAGUAUGUCGAAGAGCUCCAGAAGAAGAAGCAGUCCGACCUGGUCCGCUUCCUUCUCCGCGUGCGCUGCUGGGAAUACCGUCAAUUGAACGUUAUCCACCGCGCCUCCCGCCCUUCGCGCCCCGACAAGGCCCGCCGUCUCGGCUACAAGGCCAAGCAGGGCUACGUUAUCUACCGCGUGCGUGUCCGCCGUGGUGGCCGCAAGCGCCCUGCCCCCAAGGGUGCCACCUAUGGCAAGCCCACCAACCAGGGUAUCAACCAGCUCAAGUACCAGCGCUCCCUCAAGGCCACCGCCGAGGAGCGUGUCGGCCGCCGCUGCGCCAACUUGCGCGUCCUCAACUCGUACUGGAUCAACCAGGACUCCACCUACAAGUACUACGAGGUCAUCCUGGUCGACCCCAGCCACAAGGCCAUCCGCAUCGACCCCCGCAUCAACUGGAUCGUCAACCCCGUCCACAAGCACCGCGAGGCCCGUGGCCUCACUGCCACCGGCAAGCGCUCCCGCGGCCUCAACAAGGGCCACCGCUACAACAAGACCACCGCCGGCCGCAGAAAGACCUGGAAGAGACACAACACCCUGUCCCUGUGGCGCUACAGGUAA